AAGGGUCGUGAAUACCGUCCCCGGCCAACUUUUAUCGUAGUAGGUAGUACUACUAGUUAUUUCGGUGUUUAGGAAAGUGAAGUCGUAGUCGUAGUGAUCUAUGGCGUCUUUCGUUGUAGCUUCUAUGGGGAGCACUAUUGCUCUAGUAAGUAAAUUCCCGAUGACUCAGUUCCCCCACGGGUGCCUUCGAUCCGGCGAUGGUGUAAUCAGGGAGAAACGAACUGGUUUGAUUGGCGUGGGAAAUAUUACUGGCAGAAAUAGGGGGAAGGUGGUGGUGAUAGCAAAAUUGGCAACAGGGGGAGGGGAAGGAGGGGGAGGGGUGGCGAAGUACGAAGGGACGCAGAAGAGGGAGAAACAGCUGACGGAGAUGAUAGAGGAGAAGGUGAAGGAGGCGAUUGAGGUUUGCUUGGGAGAUGAGAGAUCCGAUGAGUGCAAGGUUGCGUGGGACGAGGUGGAAGAGGUAAGCCAGGCCAAGGCCGAUCUCCGUCUCAAGCUUCUUCAGAAACAAGAUCCCCUCGAAUCCUUCUGUCAAGAUAACCCCGAAACCGACGAGUGCCGCAUCUAUGACGCUUAACCCCCCUCCCCAGUCCCCACCCCCCGUGUGUGCUAUCCACCCUCGUUGUUUGUCGCUUUGCUGGUUUGUUUGUGAUAUGUCUUUAUAUAAGCAGUUGACGUUAUGAUAUUCCAAGGGUUGGCUCCUUAGAAACAAAUGUGGUCUGUGUUUUGAUUGUUCUCUGUACUGUACGUGAAAUUCGUAAGGAUGAUCGAGAGGAUCCGUGGUGGUUUGUGAGUAUGGAUUGCACAGUGGAAGUACAAGCAAAGCUGGAUUUCCUACAUGAAAUUUGCACAAAAAAAUGUGAUAAUUUCUAUAGUCUAAUGAAUACGAGCAAAUAGUCGAGGUAUGGACUUGAGUCUCUUCCAUCUAUCCAGCUGUGAUUUUGCUUGUGUGUACUGUUUAAUGGAGUACUUUAGUCGUAAUAUUUUGGGAGUGAGUUUUUGGUGCUUUCCUUUUGAAGAGAAUUGGACUAAAAUUUUAUUGA